AUGGCCCCCUCUGUGACCGCCAUCUCACUCGUUCUCGCGGCACUCGUCCUCGUCGCCCUACGCCGCAAGAAGCGGACCAGUAACCUGCCUUUACCACCAGGCCCUCCCCCCCUUCCACUCAUAGGCAAUGCGCUCGACAUGCCCAAGGUUGGCAAGCCAGUAGCGUUCCGUGAUCUGUGCGCAAAAUAUGGGGACAUUGUACAUCUAGAAAUCUUCGGGAAACCCAUGAUCGUCCUCGGUUCACAUGAGGCCGCCAUGGACCUCUUCGAGAAGCGUUCGGCGAACUACUCGGACAGGACCAAGAACCCCAUGAUUGACAUUGCCGGCUUUGCGUGGGCGAUGCCCGUGCAGCCGUAUGGUCCGUGGUGGCGCCGUCACCGCCGCGCUGUGCACCAGUACUUCAACGCUAAUGCCGUCGCGAAGUACGCGGCCUUCCAGAAGCUUGAGUCUCAUCGCCUCGUCCGACGCCUCAUUGAAAACCCGCAGGACUUCCUCAAACACAUCCGGCGCUACUUUGGCUCUUCUAUCAUGCGAGUCACGUACGGGAUUGAGGUCGACGAUGACCCGGUGGACUACCUCACGAUGGCGGGUGACGUCAUGACGAUUGUCGCGGUAGUGUUCAAUCCCGGAAGGUAUCUCGUAGAGGUCCUCCCGUGGCUACGGCAUGUGCCGACGUGGAUGCCCGGUGCGGCCUUCAAGCGGGACGGGGUCAUGUGGACGGAGAUGGCCAACAAGCUCAUCACGAUUCCCUGGAAGGCGACGGUGGCUGCCGUGCGCGCUGGGGUUGCGCGACCGUCUAUGGCCGCAGAACUUAUCGAGCGCUCGGAGAUGAAGCCUGAUGCAGACCCGGAGGAGGAAGAUGAGAUCAACCGGAAUUCCGCCGCGGUCGCAUACGCUGCUGGAGCAGACACCACGCUCUCCACAGUAGAGACGUUCUUCCUGGCCAUGACAAUGUACCCCGAGGUCCAGAAACGAGCGCACGUGGAGCUCAUGUCCGUGGUCGGUCCCCAUCGCCUUCCUGAGAAGGAAGAUGAACCGUCGCUGCAUUACAUUCAAGCCCUCGCGAAGGAGUGUCUGCGUUGGCGGCCGGUCGUCCCGCUCGGCAUUCCUCAUCGGUCCCUGCAAGACGACGAGUAUAAGGGUUACUUCAUCCCGGCCGGGUCUCUCGUGUUUGCCAAUGUCUGGGCUUACUUGCAAGACGAGAAGGUCUACCCGGAGCCGGAUAGGUUCAUGCCCGAGCGGUUCCUCAAGGACGGGAGACUCGACCCCACAGUUCGCGAUCCAGCGACGAUCGCCUUCGGAUACGGCCGAAGAAUCUGCCCCGGAAUGCAUUUCGCCGAAACGUCGCUGUUCAUGGUGGUCGCCACCGUCCUGCACACUCUGAACAUCUCUGCUCCCCUGGGCGCCGAUGGGAAGCCCAUCGAGGCUUCUGGCAAGAUGAGCGACGGGCUGCUAGCGUACCCCGAGCCGUUCGGAUGCGCAAUCCAGUCGGCCUCCGCGGAAACCGAGGCCCUCAUCCGUGCGAGUUGCAUCGAGCCCAGCAGUCUGACGAUAUCCUAG